GACUUCUGUGUUCUGUGGGCUUGUAAAGAGUUAUUGGAGUUAAUUUAUUAAUUCAAUUCUAUAUUCUUUUAUUAAAAUAGCGGUUAAUCGCUAAACAAAGUGUAAAAUUUAAUAUUGCUGACAUAAUAAAUCUAAAAAAUGUCAUUCAACAAAUAUAAUACACGUAAUACUGGCCGAUACAAUACUCCGGGACAAUUUGUUUCUGCCGGCGAGCUGGUGCUUGGUGCCAAGCAGGGUCAGCAGCGGGCCAGAACUCCGCAGAACAACCAACAGCAGAACCAAUUUGGUGGCAAUUGGCAACAGCCGCCGCCGCCACCGCCUCAAGAGAAUACGUUCGGUCAGGAUGAGAAGAAUGAGAUGCCACCCCCGCCACCAGUUGAAAACCGUGAUGAGAAUGAGGACAUUAAUAUGAAGAUGGAGUCCGAGACAGAUGACAAUGAUGACUCGAACUCUCGUCCUCACUGGAUGAAAUCUAAAUUGUCCGGAGUAAAGAAGAUUAGCAACAAGGAGCGCCGUCGUCGGCAGAACCAGAGCUUGCGGCGCCUACUGACUCCUAAAAACGCCCUCAUGGUGCUCAAUGAGAUGUUGCCCAACGAGCAGCUUGCCACCCAAUUCCAAGUGAUGCCUACGCCCAGCAACAAUCAGUACUACAAACCUCACAGCUUCUGCGCCGACCUCAAUCUUGAUGGAAACAAAUACACAGGCUAUGGUGACAACAAGUUGAUGGCGCGCAAUGCAGCCGCAGAGCAAGCUAUUCGUGAUCUCAUCAUCAAGAGGAUGAACAAAGCUAUUAAUACCGAAGGAUCUCAAGGCGAAGAAAUGGAUGAGGACACUCUUCCAAUGAUCCAGCUGGCGUCGUUCGCGCUGCACAAGCUGUUUUGCGAGUGGGAGGUGGAGGGUUUCAAAGUGCCGCAGCUCAGACCUGUCACCACAUCUGUGUCGGAGUCGGAGGGCGGGUCGGAGGCGGGGCUGGUCGCGGGCGCGGUGCGCGCCAAGCAGCCCAAGAAGCCGAAGCAGCUGCCGGCGGACGCGGCGCACAUGCACCCGUGCAUGCUGCUCACGUACAUGCGGCCCGCGCUCGCCUACCGCGAGCUGGCGGCGCGCGGCGACCGCCCGCAGAACAUGCAGUACACCAUCGGCCUCGACGUCGACGGCGUCACCUACGUCGGCACCGCAUCAAAUAAGAAGGAAGCUCGCAAAGCUGCAGCGAAAGCCGCCUGCCAGGCGAUAUUUGGCGUGAAGUUCGAACAGCCGCAGGUCACCGCAUAGGUUUAGCUCUAUCUAGAAAUGCUAGCCUUACGAACAUCUACCUACCUAGAGACAUUUUAGUGUUUAAAUACAGGCUUGAAGUGCCACGGUCUCUGUUUGUGUAGUGAAAGUGAAUACUAGAAUAAGUUGGAAAUAAUUUUAGUCUAUUGUCUGCUCGCUCAGAUACGGUCGCUUUUGUGUCUCGCCGCUUUGGCACGUGCAGUAUUUUGUCAAAGUCGCCGCAGCGACAUCAAAUGUCACCGCGUGUGGCGUACACCUUAAGGAGAAUCUGGCAUUGUAAAAUAAAGCGCCAUAGUGAAAUGUUCUUUACUACCUACCUUGUUUUUAUUAUUUAUAAUUUGUAUUUUAUUACAAUAACCAUAAGAAUAAAAUAGUACUAUAUUUUAUUAUUAAAUAGAAAAACAUUUAUUUAACAAACAGUAAAAAAUAAUAAAAUAAAAGCAAAAUAAUUUGUGUACCGACACUAUCGUAGCGAACAGACUAUAAGCACUUGUGAGAAGUAGACUAGCUCGUUUUCUAGAUCGAUAUCUGAAACUUGUGUAGCAUUUAAGUAAUGUAAGAUGACACAUUUCAGUAAUAUUUGUAUUAUUUGUAUUAAACACACUAUGUUAUUUGACAAACAUGGUACAUAUUUUCAUAGAUUUCAUACUCAUUUGUCAUGAAGUGCUUGCCAGUAAUAAUGAAAUCAAGACUCAGAUCACACUUCAAUAUAUUAAUUUUUUCUUAUUUUGUCUUGAUUGCGAGCAGCAGAAAUUUUUUACUUUACUAUAAAAUUGAUUGGUAGCAAAAAAAUGUUUAAAUGAUAUUAUUUUAUAUUAUGUUUCCAUCCAUUACAGCAUAUAAAAGUCCACUGCUGAACAUAGGCCUCCCUCAUAGAUUUCCACAUAGGUGGGGGGAUUUUGCCAUAGUUGCCACGCUUGGCAAGCUGGUUGGCAACUGCAGUUUUUUAUUAUUUUGAGUUGUUAUCGGUAAGAUGCUCUGCCCAUCUCCUGUUCCGAAAGGGAAAAUGAGAAAUAUUAUGUUUAGUGUAAUGAAAUUAGGUAGUGUAUACUAGAGUAUUAUAUUUUAUGACAUUAAUUUUUUAUAAGGACAUUCAUUAGAUUACCUUUGCAAUUUUUCGGUAUUUUAUGACACCUAUUGGAAUAGAAUUUAAGUAUUUAUAAUUAGAACAUUCUUAAAACACUAAAAUACAAUAUACUUCAGUUUUAUAACAAUGAUUCUGUUAAGAAUAUGUUUUACUUUGGUCUUCGAGUCGUCGAACCUCGUCGGCUCGAAGUGCCACGGUAGUAGGAGUGUUUAUGUAAUCUUAUAUGUGUAUCUCUUUUCGUAACCCUUGAUCUUAUUUUGUUUAAUAUUUCGUCAUAAGAGUUUAUAGACAUGCAUAUUAAAAAAAUCUCUGGAUAGAUAAAUCUUUUUACAUAAUAUUGGCUAUAUUGCAAGCUUAGGGUGUUAAGACACAAUGGAAUUCCGAAUGUAUGUCGCCGGACAUAUAUAACAUACUUUUUAUAUACACAGUAAAGUUGUUAAUUUUCCUAUUUUUUAAGGUUUAAGAUUAAGAUUUCAGAUUGUUUAUAGUACAAUGAUUUGUAUUUAAUUCCAAAUGAAAUAAAUUUAACCAUAAUUUGA